AUGGGUUGUACGCGGAUGCAAGUCCCGCAGCAAGCAGGGCACCAGAAUCAGAUGCGAUCCAACGUAAACAGCCGGCGGACUUCAAGCUUCAUCGCCAGUAGCUCACGGCCUGAAAAGGAAAAGCCAACGAAUGCGGCCCCAGCGGUGACUGGUCCAACAACGUCGAUCAACCGUAACCGAGUAACAGCCAACGUCGCACCUGUCCAAGCUCAGGGCCGCGACUUGAACACAGCCACCUACCAGCACGCCGCUCCUGCUCUGGCUGCUCCUACCGCUGCUACGGCUGUGAAGUUGAGCACGGCAGUGGCGACGGUUGUGCCAUCUGACAUUGCGCGCAACGACUCCCCCGCUGCGGUUGCCGUCGUCGCUUCUGGCAGCCGCGCUGCAGUGACGGCGGGUGGCACUAUGCGCCGCAGCAGCGGUCCGCAGCCAUCUACGCAAUGGGACCCCCAGCACCACCACCAGCAGUGCUAUGUACAGCAGCAGGAGCACCAGCAGCAGCCGCCGCCGCAGCAGCAAAGCAUGCCUUCGCACGAGGGCACCUUAACGCAUGGGUACAAGCAGGAUAUGCGCCUGGGGACUUCACCCACAGGGCAGAGGCAGGGCGCUGCUUCCACAGCACACGCGCCCUUGGGAGCCGAGACGCACGGGUCUGCGGCCUACACCACAGCGGAUAUAUCCGGGGCCGCGAACUUACGGCGUCAGAAGCUGGAGGCGCUGAAGGCUCGUCGCGCGCGCGCCUCUCCCGCUGCCGCUGCUAGCCCCGCUGCUGUGGUGCCGGGCCCGAUGAUAGCGGCGAGCGCCAUCGCAGGUGAUCUGGUCAGCAUGGUGAGCUAUGCGGAGGAGCACCAGCGGGCCGUGCGGGACCCCGCCUGGAGCCGGUCCACUUCGCUGUCUCCAGCCAAGUCACCACCACCACACCACCAACACCAACACUACCAUGGUCAGGUCCCGCGCGGCCGCCGCUCGCCUUCUCCGCCACCACCACCGGGCUAUGGCUCGCCUCCACGGGACGCACGCCGCGGCGGCGGCAACGGCGGUGUAGGCAGCGCUGCUACAGCUGCCGCAUCUGCGGGCGGCAUGCGCCCCGCGGCCGUUGCGAAGAUGCGCUCCCCGGAUAACGGCACGCAGACGGAUCCAUCAGAUCUGGAUAUGUCCUCAUUGCAGCAACGACAGCGGGCCCAUUACCAGCAACACCAUCAGCAGCAGCAACAACAACAGCACCAGCAGGUGCUAGUGGAUGAGUUGCGGCCUGCAGGUCGGCUUUCCGCCGGGAAAUCCCCCCCUGGAGCUGAUGGCGCAGGGGCUGGCGUCUGGGCUGCUGCAGCCUCGGCGGAUGACACGCGAGACCUAGCCGACCAGAGUCAGCAGCAGCGGCAGCAGCAAUCCCCCCACGUCACGCGCCCUGCGUCUUCCCGCCGCCAACACGCCGCCUCCCGCGAUUCCUCCGCCACUGCCACUGUGCUGGUGUCCAAGUCCGCGGUAGGUGCCGCUGAGGCGGGUCCAGAAAGCUCAGCGCGGCGCCACAGCGGAGACAACAGCAGUCAGCAGCGCCGUGACCAGAAUCAUUCGGGGCGUCCUGCGGAUGAUAAGCUACUGCCAAGGCAGCAGCCAGAGCAGCCGCAGCAGCAGUUCCCGCAGCGCGACAGUGAAGGGAACAAUCGGCGGAUUCGCAUGGCUGAGAUGGUUCGGAGGUUCCGAGAGGAGCCGGUGACGGUGCUGGCGGAGGACGAGGAGGAGGAAGAGGAGGACGAAGAAGAGGAAGGGGAGGGAGCAGAGAUGCCAGGGGCCGGCGACCGGGUAAUGAAGGGUGAAGGAGGCUCGUCGGAUGGCGCGGUGGACGGCGACGCGGACCAGGACCAGGACCAGGACCACCCAGUGGACGACCUGGCUGCCGCGGUGCUGCAGCGCAGCAGGGCGAUGCUGCGUGAGCGCGACGCCAUACAGCAGCGCAUUGAGGCAGCUCUGUCCAAAUUCGGAGUUGCCAGCGGCGCUGGCGGUCCCAGCGGUGCCGGUCUGUUGCAGCCGCAGCCGCAGCCGCAGCCGCAGCAGCAGCCGCAGCAGGACUUGCGUUCGGGCCUGUCAGCCGCUGCACCAGUGCGAGAUCAUCCACACAAAGAAGGAGAGGGCCCACGGGGCUCCUCUCCUAGACCAGAUCUGGAUCUGGAUCUGGGUCUCGGCAAGGAUCGCAAAAGUACCGCUGGGAGGAGUUUUGGAAAGGGCUUUGGUGAAAACGAGGGCGUUGGGCGGCCCGGAUACAACGGCGGUUCUCGUCGUCAUCAUCAUCGUCAUCAUCCUGAUGAUGGCGAUAAUGGCGAGGAUCGCUACAUGGGUGAGAGCCAGAUGGAAGGUGGAGGUGCAGCUGUGGACGGCUGCGUACAGGGCUUUAGAUCUGACGCGGCUCUAUGGCACCAGCGGGUGGGGUCGGGAUCAGGAGGCCUUGGAGGCGCCGGAGGCGGCCAUGGCAGUGGCAGCAGCAGCAGCAACAGCUGUACGGGCAGUGAAAGCAGUGGGGAGGUGCCGAGGGCUCUGUUGGCGCAAGCAGGCGUGGAUCCGGCGCCUGCUGCCGCUCCGGCCUCGCCUUCCAUUACCAUGGCCGGCGGCGUCGGUGGCAGCGGUCCCUCUCUUGCAUCCUUGUCGCCUACGACGUCGUCGCCACUUCCGCCGCCAGGAUCAUCCCCCCGCCCUGGGUUGCUCUUAAAGCGAGGGGAGGCGGUGCCCAACGACCCUCUGCAGGCCUGGCGACAACUCAGGCAGCAGCAGCAACAGAGAAGCCCUGUAGGGUUUCUUCCGGACUUGUCCGCCAUGGCAAUGUCCUCCGUCGCUAAUGGGCCAGCGACAGGAUCACCUUCCGCGUCGGCCGCCGCCGCAAUCGGGGCCCACGGCGGCGGCGGGGCCCAGCAGGAGCUGGUCGUUCGGUUCGAUGGCACCCUAGGGACCCACCUUCCUGGCGGCUUCUCUGCAGCUCGUACGGCCCUGGCGGACUGGCUGGGUCAGGUGUCUGGCGCUGCGGCGGCAGCGGUGGUGGCUGGCCGCUGCGUCGGCUCUGGUGGCCGUGACAGCGGGCUGCCUGGAGGCUCCGACGAGCCGCCCCGUUCUGGUGCGGUGGCGUCAGGUCUUCGUGCGGCGGUAACGGCGGCACCUGGGGCCUUGGCGGGCGCCGCGUCAGGUUUCCUAGGCCUCAGCGGCGCCGGUGGUGGCGCCAGCGGUCACAGCUGGGGUGCGGGGAUGGCGGCAGUGGGGCCAAGCUUCACGGCUUCCGCCUCCGCUGCCGCCACCGAUCCGCUGGUUCCAUCCGUGGACGACCUUCUGGCGCGCCUAGCGCAGCGUUUUGGCCUGGUGCCCGGCACGGCGUCACUGCCGUCUUCCAGCAAGACCGCGUUCGGCUCCGUCGCUGGGACAUCCCCGGCGUCGGCAUCAGCGGCUCAAAGUUUGGGCGCCGUACUUGCGCCCGCCGCCGCUGACGCAGUACAUGCACUUGCCGCGGCGGCGACCAUUGCGUCUCCUGCACCUCCUAUGACGUCACCAGACGCAGCGGUUAUCCUGCAUUCCUGUGUUGUUAGCACAGCCGCAGCCACGAGCGGCGCUGCGGCUCCUUCGGCGACCUCGGCGGCUGCUUUCAGAGCUGCGGGCGGUGACAUGGACAAAGACGAGGCAAGCUGCAGUAGCAGCACCACUGGCGUCAGGCGAGCUGCCGCGCAUCAGACGAACGGCGGAACGGCUUCCUCGCGCCUGUACGGCCCUUGUGAGCCCUUGCAGGUGCCGCCGCCGCUGCCACCGCGGGACGCUGACGCUGACGCCGGGCCCUGCGGGGAGCCUGCGCCGCAACACGCCGGUGGAAGGCUGGUAGAAGUUGCGGCUGUGGCGGGAGCGGCGGCGGCGACUGCAUCAAAUGGCGUCAUGUCGGGAGCAGCCGGCGGAGGUUCCCGCCGUCUCGCCGACGCGUUUGAGGAGGCUGCAGUGGAAGACGCCGCCGUGCGACGUGCCGCAGUCGGCCAAUACGUCACGAACCCGAAAGCGCCAGUGGUGGCGGAAAUGGAAGAAACUGAAGUGGCGGUGGAGGAUGUGGCGGUGGAGGAUGUGGACAUGGAGCGGUCAGGCAGCCUGAAGUCUGAUGACGAGGCCGCGGCGCCGGCGGUAGCUUCGGCGGCAUGGCCCGGCUGGCUGGCGGCGCUGGGCAUUCCGAGGCCGGUGGAUGCGGCCUUGUUGCCCGCGGCCUUUCGCGACGACGGCAGCGGAGGCGGAGGCAGCGGCGAGUCGGAACGUGGCCACGAUGCGGCUGGGGCUAGGGCUCGGGAGGCGGAUGUGGCACCUGAGUAUGUGGAACCCCACGAUAUGGCUUUGCGGGUGGUAAAGGGCAAUCCUGACAGUGCUGAGGCGUCACUACGUAAGAGCCCAGGAGCUGGCGGAGGCAGCGGCGACGUCAGUGCUAGCGGCUCGUUUAGUCCCGCUUCAUCACCCGGCUCCCGAGCGGUGGUGACGGCAGCAGCAGCGGUGGCAGCGCCCACAGCGACGGCGACAAGCAGCGCGACGAGUGGGACGCGUGAUCACGGGGCUUCAUCCUCUCGCGUGGCUUCACCACAGGCGGCGUCGGGGGACGCGGCGCCCGGCAGUAGCGCGUCGGCCGCCGCCGACGCUGAGGUCGGCUUCUCCACGCCGGUAUCGCUGCGGCUGCUGAGUACGGACACACGGGGCGCGGCAGCGGCAGCGGCAGCGGGCGGCGACUUCGGGCCCAGGCCGACGGCUUUUACGCCCGUGUUGGGUUCGUUACUGGACCUGGCGGUUGGGGGCAGUCUCUUCGCGGAUACGCCGCCUACGUCCGCCAGGAGAACACACGCACAGCCCCGUUCACAUUCGCAUCUGCAAGUGGAUCUGGGUCUGGAUCUGGAUCCGGGGGGCCACUGGCCUGGCGGUCCUGCAUUGCCGUCGGGGAUUACCCAAAACGGCGAGGGGGAGGAGGGCGGUGGCGCGGUGGGCGCCGGCGGCGGCGACGACGUUGGCGACGGCACAGGCCGUGUUGUUGACAGUGCCGAUGGUGACGUCAUGCAAGCCUUUAUGCCCAUUGCGUCGCCUGAACCGGUGGCAGCGGGUCUUAGUCCCUCACGGCGCCGGCGGUUGGUAGGCCGUGGCGGCGGCGGCGCCGGUCGUUGGGGCGGCGAUGAAACUGGUAGCAGCGGCGGUGGGGCCAGCCCUGGCGGGCUGAUGGUACGGGUUCCCGGUGACGUAUCCAGCUCCACACCUUUCAGCAGCAUCGCCUCCUCCGGGGGCUCCCGCUUCGCCGCCAUCCUACACCACACCGUCACCGCCGCGCUGUUCGGCGACAGCCCUGUCACCUCCCUUGAGCACGGCGCUGAGACUGCUUUCGUGAUGCCGUGGUUGCCUGGAGCGGAGAGAACGAGUAGUAGCUGGGACCGCGACCGCGACCACCACCUCCGGCCGGCCGUACCGCCGGCCGUACCGCUGGCAGCGGUGGCGGGAACGCUGCGCGAGGCGUCAAUGGCGAGCAUUGAUCCGCAUGAAGGUGUCGCCGCAGUGGCCACCAACAACCGGGAAACGCAGGCGGCGGCGGCUGACGCCGGCGGCGGCGGCGUUCCUGAAUUCAGGGGCGACGGCAGGUGGUACACUGCGGGUCCUCUCUCGCCUCUGACGUUUGAUGACAGACGGAAGGGAUCGACUGAAGGGCAGCAUGCGGGUACGGAAGGCAGCGGUGCCUCCACCGACGGGACGACGGAUCCGUCGUCGCGGGGACAGGAGGCAGAUCGCUCCAACUCCUCAUCCACGGAGUCAGUGUACGAUUUUGGCGCUUCCGCACAUCCAGUGUUGUACAGUUUGGACAUUGAGGAACUGCUAAUGCUCGGCGCAUCGCAUCAGGAUGCCACAAUUGGCGGCGACUCGGUCAGGUCGUCGGGAGCCGCCGCCGCGGCCGCGGCGGCAACGGCGGCGCUGGCGGCAGCUGCCGCCGCUCGGGGAAUGUCAAUCCCCGAGGCGGCGGCGGCGGCGGCGGCGGCUGCCGCCAGCGGUUCCUUCGAGAUUGAGAUUGAUCCGGUGACAGGGGAGAGUGGCCUGGUCUUUAUGGUGGAUGAUCCGUUGGAGGCGAUGUUCCUAAGCGGUGGCGGUGGCGGCAGUAGCAUGCCGAUGGGUCGCCGGCCACAGCCAUCGCAGCCAUCGCAGCCAUCGCCGCCAUCGCCGCCGCCGAUUCAACCACUACCCCCGCCGCAACGACCGGAUGGCUCGGGGAAGGUCCUGGACGGCAGAGAGGCGGCUGCCGCAACGGCCCCUCCUGGAAGACGGACCGGGCAUCCGGAUGAGUACAUGCCAGCGCUACCGGCAGCGGCAGCAGCUCCCCACGGCAGCCUGCUGGACUUCAAUACCUCCGUUUCACUCCCGCCGUAUUCCCAGUCCUGCUUGCAACCUCUGGGUCGUCAGGCGCCGUCAAUGUCCGUGGCAUACCCAGGCCCCCUGGGCCAGGACCCACAUCAGCAGCGCCUGAGACCGGCGGCGGCGGUGGCGACGGCAGAGGCGGACAAAGCGUGGCCGGGGGGGGACCCUGAGGCAGCCGCUGAGGACGUGAUUGUGGCGAUGCUCAAGCGCAAGAUGGAUGCGUGCAUGGACAAGCUUAGGUCGCUGGAGCGCGACUUACGACGGAGUCCGCCACCACCGGCAUCGCGAUGA